AUGGAGGUCGAUGAUGCUGCGGUGCAUGCACCUGGUCAGGGGGAGCAGGGGGUUGCUGCUUUUUUUGGGGGUUUAGGGUUUGAGUAUAUGGGGCCCAUCGACGGCCACGAUGUACUUAACCUAGUCUCUGUGCUUCAGAAGAUCAAGUCUGAGGGUUUGAGUCGACCAACAGUAUUACACCUGAAAACAGAAAAAGGGUUUGGCUAUCCCCCGGCGCUAGCAGCCCCAGACCGCAUGCAUGGGGUUGAGGCUGCUCCGCAGCUGCUGCUGCAUGCAUGCAGCAGCAGCAGCAGCAGCAGCAGCAGCAGCAGCAGCAGCAGCAGCAGCAGCGGGGGGGUACGUGCUGCUGCUGCUGCUGCACCGUCUGCUGCCUUGUCGAUAGAGGAACAGCACAAGCAGCAGCAGCAGCAGGAGCAGCAACAGCAGCAGGAGCAGCAACAGCAGCAGCAGCAGCAGCAGCAGCAGCAGUCACCUCUAUCAAUACCAGCAGCAACAACACCAGCAGCAGCAACAUCAGCAGCAACAUCAGCAGCAGCAGCAGCAGCAGCAGCAGCACAACCACCACCAGCAUCAGCAGCAGCAGGAGCACCCGCACCAGCAGCACCAGCAGCAGCAGCAGCACCACCAGCAGCAGCAGCAGCAGGAGCAGCAGGAGGGUUGGGGGUUGGGGGGGAGGAGGGGGGGGAGGAGGAUAGAGGGAGGGGUUUGGGGGUGGUGGUUGCAGAAGAAAAGAAGACAGCGUACCUGAUGGACUCGGGUCCCUCUGCGCUUCGUUUUCCUCGUAGCUCUUGCUUUGGCCUUCAAACCCUCAACAGCAAGCUGGGACAUAAUAUAAAGGAGCUUUCCUUCGAUGCUGAGCCGCUGCCUGUAGGGAAGGGGAGGGUUCUCUUUCGCGCAAACCCUAGAGCCAAAUACAAGGUCGCUUUUCUCUCUAUUGGUACUCUCCUUAUCGAUGCUGUUGCUGCAGCAGCAGCACUGCAGCAAAUCAAAGAAAUACCCCAUCCAGACAACGCAGCAGCAGCAGCAGCAGCAGCAGAAGCAGCAGCAGCAGCAGCAGAAGCAGCAGCAGAAGCAGCAGCAGCUGCUGCUGCAGCAGCAACCAGCGGUCGUGGCUUUCCCGCUGCAGCACCAUCACCAGCAGCAGCAGCAGCAGCAGCACGCAACCCAGCAGCAGCAGCAGCAGCAGCAGCAGCAGCAGCAGCAGCAGCAGCAGCAGACCCUUUGAUUGGGGUCGCUUUUCUCUCUAUUGGUACUCUCCUUAUCGAUGCUGUUGCUGCAGCAGCAGCACUGCAGCAAAUCAAAGAAAUACCCCAUCCAGACAACGCAGCAGCAGCAGCAGCAGCAGCAGAAGCAGCAGCAGCAGCAGCAGAAGCAGCAGCAGAAGCAGCAGCAGCUGCUGCUGCAGCAGCAACCAGCGGUCGUGGCUUUCCCGCUGCAGCACCAGCAGCAGCAGCAGCAGCAGCACGCAACCCAGCACCAGCAGCAGCAGCAGCAGCAGCAGCAGCAGCAGCAGCAGCAGAAGACCCUUUGAUUGGUGUUACAGUUGCUGAUGCUCGUUUCUCUAAACCUAUAGACAAACUGCUGCUGCAGCAGCUUGCUGCUGCUCACGACGUGCUGCUGCUGCUGGAGGAAGGAGCAGCAGGAGGGUUUGGUAGCCACGCGCUGCAGCAGCUGCUGCAGCUCGAUCCUACACUCGCCAGACAAUGCACCCAAAAACUGCAGCAGCUGCUGCUGCAGCAGCAACAACUGCUGCAGCAGCAGCUGCUGCAGCAGCAACAACAGCAGCUGCAGCAGCAGCAGCUGCUGCUGCUGCAGCAGAAGCUGCUGCUGCUGCGGCAACCACAACAGCGACAGCUGCAGCAGCAGCAGCAGUUACUGCUGCUGCUGCAGCAACAACAACAGCGACAGCUGCAGCAGCAGCAGCUGCAGCAGCAACAACAGCAGCUGCAGCAGCUGGAGCUGCAGCAGCUGCAGCAGCAGCUGCAGCAACUUCACCGACAGCAGCAGCUGCAGCAUCACCAACUGCAGCGACAGAAGCAGAUGCAGCAGCUGCAGCAGCUGCUGCAGCUGCUGCUGCUGCAGCGGCAGCAGCAGCAACAGCAGCAACAGCCGCUCCAGGCAAAUUGA